GAGCCAAUAGGAGAGUGGAGCGGCUGUAGGUCGCACGGUGGGAUGGAGGCGGAUGAGGCGCUGCUGCUGCUGCUGCGGCUGCGGGAGCUGGGGGUGCCUGAGGCGGCGGCGCGCCGGGCGCUGGCCUUGACCGGAAAUGUGUCCGCGGAGGCGGCGGCGCAGCUCUACUUCGGUAGCCUGGAGACGCAGGAGCAGGUGGAUGGCGGCGGCUGCUACAAGAUGGUGUUUGUGGUGAACACGGAGCUCGCCAUGGGCGUCGGGAAGAUAGCAGCCCAGGUCGGACACGCAGCUGUUGGCCUGUACCAGUUAAUACAAGAAAAAUCCACUGGGAGGAAGAUGAUCUGUCAGUGGGAUGAAUAUGGUGCGAAGAAGGUUGUAGUUCAAGGAUCAAACACUGCCCACCUCAUGGAUCUGCAAGCAUUGGCUUUGAGCCUGGAGCUGCCAACAUACCUGGUGCAGGAUGCAGGGAGAACACAGGUUCCAACUGGAUCAUACACUGUGCUUGCCAUUAUCGGAGAAGAAGUAGUAGUGAAUCAGGUGACUGGGAAGCUGAGGCUGUUGAACUGAGAGCAGCACCAAAGCCUAUUAUUUCGUGCUGUACCUGACUACAUGCCAUGGAAUUUGAAAGCAACCUAUAUGCAAUGUGGAGAAAGAAGCACCUGUUAACAGCAUCUUAGGCCCUUCAGAGAGUCAUGGGAACCACAGCUACUCUCUCUUCUGCCUGCUGAAGCUGCAGGGGAGCAUGGUGCUAGGGUGAGGAGGCAGCACUCUUCCUUUCAUUUGAGGAAGUCUGUCUUGCUAGACCAGGACUGUGAGAGGUAGUAUUGCUGAUCUACUGCCGGUGGAUUAGAGAGACUGCUGCACACUUCUACCUCUGGCUUCCCUAGAAAUUGUCUUGAAAAACAAGGCUUGUAUUUUCUGAAACGUGCUUAUGAACAAGAUGAAAUUCUGACAGAUA